AAACCGAGGCUUGUUGUUUUGGUAUCGGCCAUUUUAAAAGUAAUACUAACGGAUGGUAGAUGAACGAAUGUUACAAAUCGACAAACAUCGCUUUUGUAUAUGGUGAAAACUGUAUGUUUUUUAGUUUUUUUGUUAGAACAUUUUAUUAAGAAAACUAACUGGUAUUAAUUUUUACCGUUCUCUUAAUUGUGUGUUAUUUAUAAGACGCCAAAGCCAUCGAAGCAGAAUGGCUUGUGGUGCAACCCUGAAACGUAGUCUUGAAUUUGAUCCGUUACACAGUCCUGGUCAAACUACACCUAAAAGAAGAAGAUGUAUGCCGAUGACACUUUCUCCUUCAACUCCUCCAACGAAAUAUCAUCAGAUAAACCCUUCUCCUUUUGGGGAAGUGAGUCCAAAAUUGACUUCUGAGCAAAUUGCCACAAGUCUUGGUUUAGAAAUCAAGCGAAUGCAGAGAAGGAAGCAGUUGCACUACCAAUCAUCAGGAAGCCAGAGUCCACCAAACAUGUCUCCUCAACAUGAGGCAUCCUCCUCUUCACACUGCUCGACAGCUAUGGAGAGUAGCAGUAUAUGUGCCUCACCUUCCUCUUCUUCCUCCUCACUAUUUAAUGCACUGUCACCCAGUAAAAAGGAUGCACCACUGUUCACCUUCAGGCAGGUCAGCCUCAUAUGUGAACGUUUGAUCAAGGAAAGGGAAGAUCAGGUCCGCCAGGAGUACAAUACCACACUGACAUGCAAAUUAGCAGAACAAUAUGAGGCUUUCCUGAAGUUCAAUCAUGAUCAGAUACACAAGAAGUUUGGAAAUGCACCUGUUAGCUAUGUGUCUUGAUGUGGAGUGGAUGGUAGCUGAAAUGUCCGUGUCCCUUUUUUGCUUGCAAGAAGAAUUUGAAAGAAUGUUGAAAAAAUUUAUGUUGGAAAUUUAAAUUUGUUACUCUUGAUGUAUUGCAUGUAUAGGAAAAUAAUGCACUUGUUAGCCUUGCAUGCUUGGGAAAGAAUGGACAGAUGUUUUGGAAACAAGUGCAUUGACUGAAUUCACCUAACGGCAUUAUUUAUUAAUGGAGUUCUGGUAGGAAAUUCAUUGUGUUGUGAAAAAAAACUGCUCAUGAUGAAAAAAGGAAAACUAGGUCAUACAAUGAUGUAUUAACUGGAUAAAUUUCUGCCACUGCCUGCUAAUUUAAGUGUUUUGAUUUGCCGAUACAACAGUAAUAUGUUGUGGCUUUGCUGGCCAGUGUUCCUGGAUGGACAAAUAGUCACAAGUAUGGACUGAUACCACAUCCAUGUGUGUUCGCGAAUCAGACCUCAAGGUCUUACUCGGGUCUAUAUAAUCUACCAAAGUCAGGUAGAGACAUCUCAAAUGUGUGUAUUGUAUUUUGUAUCGUGUUGGAUUGUAUGAUUGGACUACUGGCAUAUUUGUAAACAUUCAUGAUUUACAGCAAAUGAUGGGCCAAUCGAUGCCUCUCUGCUUUUGUUUUAGACACUGUAAAUAUAUAUACCACUUUGUAAUACAGUAAUGAAUGGUUAUUUGUAUAUAUGUAGCCAUUACGCUGCAUUUAAACAGUCUAUAGACAUGUCUUCUGAAAACGAGGAAUAUAUGGAAUAAGUUAUUCAAUAGGGAGAAACGUGUUUGGUGAGGAAGGAUUGAUCAGUGAAUUGCCUUUGUAUGGGUGUCUGGGCACAAUUACUGUUGCUUAGGAUGCCUUUCAAUCAUUCAGUUUAAUUUGUAUCUUGUUUGCAUUAAUAUUUCUACACUUUUAAGUUUUAUUCAUUUUAAUUAAUAUUUAAGAGUUUUAGUUUAGCAAACACAAGUAGUGUUUUUUAUUUUAUUUCAAAGGGAAACCAGUUUUCAUACCAUUAUCAGGCAGUAGAAUUAUAAUUGUGUAAAUAAAUCUUAUUGUUGGACAUAACUAAAAUAAAAUCUGAUUCACACCUGUU